AUGUCGAACGACGAUAACGGAAGUAUGGCGAUCUCCUUGCCAGAAAUCGCCCGCGUGGCUAUAAGAACCCGACCGUUCUGGAAGGCUAAUCCGACACUUUGGUUCGCCCAAAUAGAGGCCCAAUUCGCAAACGCUAAUAUAACAGCCGACGAGAGGAAAUUCAAUAAUGUUAUUGCGGCCAAGGAGAGCGAAAUCCUCGCCCAAGUAAGCGACAUAGUCGUCCAACAUCCAGACAAAGAUAAAUAUCUCACGCUUAAACGCCGAUUAAUUGACCAGUUCGCGGAUUCAGAACAACAACGGCUACGACUAUUGCUGCAAGACAUCGAGCUAGGUCAUAAUGCGAAAAAGCAACGGCGACUGGAGGCCCUGCAGAGAUUAUAG